GUCAGUCGAUUUCUGUCGGCCGUGCGGCACACACACGCCACUCGCUUUUCAGCCAAUUCAACCAGCUCCGCAUUCCGCUUGCCACCAGCCUUUGAAGCGGCAUCGCAUCGCAUCGGAACGCGUCAUUAAUCGCAUCGUGCGACAGGACCCUCGAACCUCGAAGCUCGAAUCAGUUUUCCCAGCAACGCGCGCACUUUUCCCGCUUUGGAGCUCCGAUUAAGGUCCGCUGUCCUUUCCGCCUUAUUGCUUCGGCCUUUGGUUUGCAUUUUAAUGUUUGCUUAAGCAUUCCGUUUCGGUGUCAAAAUCCAAAAUCCGGCCAACUCAAUCCCGGCGAUAAGAAACGGAGAAGCGGAGAGCUCAACGCGGAAUUGUUCGACACAAAAGUGAAUUACAAAUCAAUUGAGAAGGCCCUUGGCAGCGAGACAUAGAGCACACAUCGAGUCCAAUUCAAAAGUGAGGCACUAGGAAGCAAAUAAGAGUCCCGCAUGAGUAACAGCGCCAUGGUGGCCGUGGCCAUCUGCUGCAUCCUCGUCCUGCUAGCCGUCUUCAUCGUGAUCAUCAUAGUGGUCGGCCAGACCAUCGAGGAGCCCAAAUGAGACAUGCUCCAGCUGGGACCUGGCAACUUCCCAGAUGGAUAACAGAGGCCCCCUCAAAAUUGUUAGUUUGCUGAGGCCGCCAGCAAAAAUUUCGUUGCCCCCUCAUCAGCAUCCGCAAAAUCAUCAUCAACAUUACUUUCAUCCGGCUGAAAAAUUAGCAGAGGAAACAGAAGGAUCAGGAGAAGCAGGAGGAGCAGGAGGAGCUGGAGAGGAGCACGUGGAGUGGAGGAAAUGCGUCCCAUCGUCAGUAUCCAUUGGCUGUGAUGUGAAAUUUUUUGAAUUUGUGAAGCAAAAAUCAAUCGAGAAAUCAACCCAACACAAAAGGAGCUACUAAAUUUUGGAACAUUCCGCAUCCUAAUAACACAAACAUCUUCAUGUAGCAUUUCUGUGUGUUAAGUGUUGUUAAUAUAAAUGUAUAUAUAGACACACAAUCUAUGAAUACAAAAAUAUAUAGAUAUCUAGACAUACUUAC